AUGUUUAACUGGAUUGACUAUGAAGAAAAUGAAAAUAAUAUUUUAACUUUAACAUUUGAAAAAAUUAUUGAUGCAGCAGAAACUAGUUCAGAAAUAGCUUUACAAAAAGUUAUUGAACAUUAUAAAAUUAAAGGCAAAAAAUCUAUUCCAGUCAGUUUUAACUGCUCUUAUUCUCAUAUACAUAAUGCAUUACAGGCGAAUGAAAUAGAUGAUAGUACUAGUGAGCAGUCAGAUGAUGAAAUUGAAGCACAUUUUCCAGGAUGCCAGGCAUUAUUUACAUUUGAUAAUGCAUUAAGUUAUGCUGCUUUUUUACCAAAUAUACUUGUUGCUAAAUAUCUAGAGGAAAGUAGCCAAAGAUGCACAGCACAUAUUUUGCCAAAAGGAUUAAAACAAGUUUUGAUGGAAAGGAGAUUGUGGCUAAAUAAAGGAUUAAAAUUAGAAGAAGCACGAAAAUUAAUGAAAGAUAGUGGCUGGGAAGAUGAAAAUUGGGUGAAUGAAAGAACUUUACAAGGUCCAAAUGGUACUUAUACUGUUGCUGUAAGUAACACAAAAAAUAUAACUGGAUAUUUUUCUCCUACAAAGGAUUCCAAUAAUAAUACUUCUCUAGAUACAGCUGAUGAAGUUUUAGAAUUUUUAAAUAAUAGAAAUGAAGAGGAUGGUUAG